AUACCGAACCUUAUGCCCUUUACCCUAACCUAACAGGUUCGGUCCUCCCGGCCUAUAUAUGUAAAGGGCCCAUCUUCUAUCCUCUUUGCUCUCGAUCUUUCACAAAAUUCAACAGAUAAGUAGCAGGAUUCUGGAUUACGCUGCUCAAAGUAUAGAAUUAAAGGGAUAAGUAAACGCGAUUGAUAGAAUGGCUGUGGUUGUGGGAGGAAGGACAACAUUGAACCCCAAUGCCCCUCUGUUUAUUCCUGCUGUUUAUCGCCAAGUGGAGGAUUUCUCGCCAGAAUGGUGGCAACUGGUUACAACAUCAGCAUGGUACCGGGACUAUUGGAUCAGCCAGCACCAGGAUGAGGAUGGUUUCUAUGACAAUGCUGAGGAUGACGUCUUUGAUGGCAAUGAUAUUGCCGAUUUGCUUCCAGAUAUCUUUGACCUUGUUGCUGAUGAAGAUCUACCUGGCAUGGAUCUUCAGUUUGAAGAGUUCAUCCAGUCUUGUGAAAUGGAAAGCUCAUCACCUCUUUUGCUGUCUAAUGGUGGAUUUGAGACGGAUGCGGAAACCUUGAUGAAGAAUCUGAGUUUGUUGCAAUUAAGUCCCAAGUCUUCAGCUGAACCAGCAAAAUAUGCUGAGAAGCCAGCCAAGAAUCUGAACCCUAAAAGAGGGCCCCGUUGCAUCCAGCAACCCCGCUGAAAGGGUUUCUGUUAGCCAUGCAUGUUACAAUUUGUCUAGCAUCUAAGUAGCGUUUAACUGUAACAUCUGUAAAGAGCAAGGGUAUAUAACUCUUGUAUCAUUUCUUGUUCGAUCUCAUAUGUUUGCUUCUAGUUAACAAAAAAUUUAAAAAAAUUGUAAAAUUUUAGAAAAAAAUAUAAAAAUAGAGAGAAUUAUCUUUCA